AAGCGCUCACGGAAAAAAAUAAAACUCACUCAAAAGGGAAAAAAUUCCUUGUCUUAUUCUCGAAGUUUCUCUUUUAUUUUGUUAACUUGUUUCAUCAACACAGUUUUAACGCAUCUAACUCACUACAAAUCGGCCACGUUGCGUCCUUUUCUCUUGGUUUACCGUUUGGAGGGGAGCCUGAGUCAACUCGGUCAGCACUCACAGUCCUAUGUUUUUGUUUUUGAGCUGUGUUUCUUGGAUUUUCCAUGGAAAAAGUGGUUAAAGUUGAGGGGAGUGAAGAAGGGAAAUUUGAAGUGACUGGCCUUGAGAAAAGUAACUUCGUUUUAUCUUCACCAAAGCAUGUUGCUGAUCCAGUUGUUUACAAGCUUGUCCGGGUUGAUGGGAAUGGGCGAUUAGUGCCUGCAACAGAUGAUGAACUGAUGGAGGUUGAAGGUUUGCUGGAAAAUGAGAAGCGUGAGGCUCUUAUUGUUGAAGACACUGGACAGGCUUUCGGGUAUACUUCUAAUGAAGCGUCAUCCUCAGGCAUGCCUCAGUUAGAAAGCUCAGAAGGUUUGUCACAAUCUGAGAACACAGAAGCUGAAACUGAAAAAUUAAGCACACAACUUGAGGAAACUGUUCCUUCCAGGGCACAAUGCUCGAGUGAUGAUCAUGUUACUCAACCUGUGAGUGUUGGGAUGUGCUUAAAGCCUCUAGACGGGCCAAUACAAGGUGGAGCAUCAACUUCUGCUGGCUGUAUCAGUUCACAACCUGAUUUUUCCAAGUUGAAGGGUGAAAUAUGCUUGGAUAAUUUAUCAAUUAAAGAACUUCAUGAAGUUUUUAAGGCAACAUUUGGGCGAGACACUACUGUUAAGGACAAGCUGUGGCUUAAAAGAAGGAUUGCCAUGGGAUUGACUAAUUCUUGUGAUGUUUCAACUACAACUUUUGUAAUUAAAGACAAUAAAUUGGUGAAAAAGGAUAAGGAAGAUAGUUCUGACAAUGUGAAUCUUGGUACUGGGAAAGUAUACUCAGCAGUUGCAGUUGAAUACAAUGGGGACUUGCUCAAUAACCUUAGUAGUCAAAUUGAUGAGCAUCAAACUAUUUCAGAGGCUAGAUCAGGAAAUAAUGUUGUGGAAAACAAUUUUGCAAAUGAAGAUCUUGCUGCAGAUCAGAGAGCUGCAAAGAGGGUCCGGAAGCCAACAAAGCGGUAUAUUGAAGAACUUUCUGAAGCAGAGUCCAAAGAGUACAGUGGCAGGUUAAUUGUUUCACCUAAAAACAUUGGGAUUAGACCCUUGCCUUCAAAUUCUCAUGCUAGGCCUGCUAGAAAUGUGUCCUUAGAGGGGAGAACGGUUAUCACGAGGUUGGAUUCUCUUGGAGGAUUUGGGAUUCAGGUUCCAUGUGUUUAUCGGGUACGAAGAAGCCGACCGAGGAAGAAUGUUACUACACUUUUGAAAUUCCAUCCCAGUGGCAUGGGCAUGACAGCUACGUUUAUAAAGAGGGGUCUUGAUGUACAUGGCUCUGAGAUGGGCAAUGCGAGUAUGAACAAAGUUUUGGAAGCCAAAUCUACUCUCGAGCAAACUCCGCAACAGUUUGUAGCUGAAUCAAAUAAAGAGAAGUCAUCAACUGAUCUGGGGCAGAAUAUGGAGUUAAAAUAUGUAGAUCCAUUGGGAGAUACUUCAGAUGAUAAUGUUGUUACUGUGCCAACAGCUAAAGGGGGAAUUAGAAGGAAACAUCAUCGAUCUUGGACUCUUUCUGAGGUUAUGAAGCUAGUUGAGGGUGUGUCUAAGUAUGGAACUGGUCGAUGGUCUGAGAUUAAAAAGUUUGCCUUUGCAUCCUAUUCCUAUAGAACCUCUGUUGAUCUCAAGGACAAAUGGCGGAAUUUGCUGAAAGCUAGCUUUGCGCAGCCACCAGCAGACAAAGGGGCAAAUUCACGAAAGCAUCCUUCGAUGCCCAUUCCAGCACCAAUUUUGUUACGCGUGAGAGAGCUUGCCGAGAUGCAAGCACAGUCUCCAUCGCCAAAUCUUAGCGCAUGUAAGCUGCCGGCAUGUGGCGGUCGUGGAAGUGUAAAUGAAACAAGACCAGAAUACCUGUAACAUUGUAAAUAAAUAGAUUGUAGUUGUGUAGACUAGAAAUAAUAGCUCAACUCUCUGUACGGGUAAAUGUUGAUGGUUGGGUCUGGAUGGGCACAGAUAAGAGGAGUAUAUGUUACCAUAUGGCAGUGUUAAAUGCU